UCCAACAUAUUUGAAACUUUGCUCGGCUACUGAAGAUUCACAAUCGAGAGAGUGCAAGAGUCUUUUAAUGGCUCUGCUACUCCUCCCUGUCUGCACAGAAACCCUAAUUUUUCAUAACCCUUUUCCUUCUCACUCUAAGAAUCACUGCUUCAGGUCUCCUACAAACCUCUCAUGGAUUCAUGGUAACCGCCAUAGAGACAGGAAGGUCACAGGAAAAGCUGCUGACUCUUCAUCUUCGCAAGGCACAGUUGCAGAUGACUAUUAUUCUGUUUUAGGAUUGCUGCCCGAUGCGACACCCGAUCAGAUAAAGAAGGCAUACUAUAAUUGCAUGAAAGCAUGCCAUCCAGACUUGAGUGGAAAUGAACCUCAGACAACAAACUUUUGUAUAUUCAUCAAUGAAGUUUAUGAGGUACUCAGUGAUCCUGUGCAGCGUAUGGUGUAUGAUGAAAUACAUGGGUAUGCAUUGAUUGCUAUCAAUCCAUUCUUGGAUGACACCAAGCCAAAAGACCAUGCAUUUGUUGAUGAGUUCAGUUGUAUAGGUUGUAAAAAUUGUGCCAAUGUGGCCCCAAAUGUGUUCAGAAUUGAGGAAGAUUUUGGAAGGGCAAGGGUCUACUGCCAAUCACGAAAUCCUGAUUUAGUUCAGCAGGCUAUAGAUACUUGCCCAGUUGACUGCAUUCAUUGGACAUCUGCCGCACAACUAUCUUUGCUUGAAGACGAGAUGCGCCGGGUAGAGAGGGUAAAUGUUGGUUUGAUGCUUUCAGGGAUGGGAGCCAUGGCUUCUGAUGUUUUUCAGAUGGCAAGCACAAGAUGGGAAAAACGUCAAGCAAAGGUCUUGGAAAAGGCAAAGAUUAGGAUGAUGAAGCAAAAAGAAUCUGAUAAAUCUGGAUCAUACUGGAGUGACCUAUGGGGAAAGCCCAGGAGCUACCAAAGCACAGAGGAGGAAGUACAGGAAAGGGCAAAAAAGGUAGCAGCUGCAGCCAGGAGAUGGAGAGAAUAUUCAAGAGGUGUGGACAGGCCUUCUACUUUCAAACUUCCUGAAGAAAUCUCUACAAAGGAAUGAUAAGGGCAACUCACAUUUACAUGCAAAUACAGUUGUGUUUUUACUCAUUCUAUUUCUUCCUAUCCGAUUACUGUUGUAAGAUAUAAAAUAUUAUGAUUCAUGAUGCUCCCACGUUACUCUUUGUGGGGAGUCAAAUGUAAAGUAAACCUCACAGAUGCUGA